AAAAGACUUCCGGGGCAGGUCAACGUGAAGAUAAAACAACACAACUGAAAAUGGCACAGGGUACGCAAAAAUUUAAAGCUCAACGUCCAGGAGCCUCGAAGAAGCCUCAACAAAACAAGCAGAAAGGCCCAAAGAAGGGAGGCAGGAUAAUUGCACCCAAGAAGGCUCAAGUUGUCCAACAACAGAAACUAAAAAAGGGUCUUGAAGUGGCCAUUCGGAACAGGAUUGAGCAGGAGGUGACACAGAAGGCCAGCUCUUCUCUGCAUAAACCACUAUCUGUGAUUAAAGCCAGCCAGACCAAAGACUCCCAAGGAUCAACACAAGCAGGAACCAGCUCGAAGUAGGAGCUCACCAUUUAAACAGGACUGAACUGGACUGCCAAUAAUGAUCGUCAUACUACUAGAUCAUAAGGAGAUGGACCACAUUUGAUGCUACACAAAACUGAUGAUUAAUGUAUUUAUCGCAAUACUAAUAACUAACUAAAUGCUAAUGACAAAUUAAUUUGUAUCAUUGGAUUUGCAGUGAGAAAUGUAUGUCAUUUCUUUGGAAAAGACCCUCGCUAUCAGCUUCUCCCAAGGUUAACUUUGUGUUGUGUGCUUGAUAAGGCUCUUAAAUCAAGGUUAGGCCACAUCAGACAUUGUUCUGUGUACAUUUAUUCAGAGUUGGCAUUAAACAACAUUCUGUGUCAGAUA